UUAAACCCUUUCUCGCCUUCCGCCCCUCUUUUCCUCAAUGACGAUUAUGAGAAUCAUAAACCGUUUCCUCCUCCAAAAAUCGCCGCCAUCAUUAUCACCUCCACGGUGGUUGUGCACCGUGGUCGAACAAUCAACGCCGCCACCGGAAUCGAAGAAGAAAAACGGUCUCUUCUAUAAAGUGGCUAGGGGAAACUCCAAAUCCAGUGUGGUAGACAUUCUGAACAAAUGGGUGAAUCAAGGAAAUGAUGUCGAUAAACUUGAUAUCCUCAACCUCAGCAAUUAUCUCCGCCGCCGCAAAAACUUCCGCGCCGCCCUCCAGCUGUAUGACUGGAUGGAAAGCACCAACUUCGGAACAAGUAACGCCGAUCAAGCCAUACGCAUUAGCCUCCUCUGCAAGACCGACGGUAUAGCCGCUGCAGAAAAUUACUUCAACGCCCUCCAAGCAUCGGAUAAAACCAACAAAACGUACGGAGCGCUCUUAAGUUGCUAUUGCAAAGAGAAAAUGCUCGACAAGGGUUUGGAAAUCUUUAAAGAGAUGAACGCGUCGAAUUACACUUCCACUCUAAACUACAACAACAUGCUCUCGCUUUACUACGCCGUGGGAAAGCCCGAAAAAGUCAUCUCUUUAUUUCAAGAAAUGGAGGAGAGGAAUAUUCCCAUUGACCUCUACACGUACAAUCUGUUGAUCAACAGUUACGCCGCUCUGAAGAAUAUAGAUGCCGUGGAAGGAGUUAUAGAGAAAAUGAAAAGUAACGAUUCGGAUUUGGAUUUGUUUACGUACGGAAAUCUGGCGACCAUAUACUUCAAAUGUGGGGUGCAUGACAAGGCUGUCCAUUAUCUCGAAAUAAUGGAGAAAACGAAAACUAAACGCGGCGAAGACUUGUUCGAAGCGUACCGCACGCGCAUGAAGCUCUAUUCCGCGAUGAACGAUUUAUCGGGGGUUAAUCGAGCGUGGGAGGAUCUUAAGUCGACUUUUAAAACACCCAAUAGUACGAGUUACCUUUUCAUGCUUUUGGCUCUCUCUAAAUCCGGGGAUCAAGAAAACCUCGAGAAGGUUUUUAACGAGUGGGAAGAAGGGUGCUCCACUUUCGAUUUUAGGCUGCCGAACGUACUUAUGGAAUAUUACCUAAGUCGUGACAUGAUUGAAAAAGCCUCUUCGCUUUACGAAAGUUUGGUGGAGAGAAAGAUCGAGCCCAAUUUACGGACGCUGAAUUUCUUUGCGAUUUUAUCCUUGAAAAAGGGUGGGAUUGAUUCGGCUAUGAAGUAUUUGGAGAUGGGGUUGGAUAAAAUGAAUGCGGGGAAUAGUAAGUGGUUUCCCACGGGUGAAACGAUUAAAUUAUUCCUUAAUUAUUUCGAGGAAAAUGACGAUCCAGAUAGAGCCGAGAAGUUUGUUCAGAAAAUGAAGGAGAUUAAUCGACUGGAUUCGAAUUCUACGGUGGUGAAGAGUAAAGCACCUGAUGCUGAAAACGAUGAUCUGAUAUAAUAACUGUUUUCGAAGCGAGGCUCGUUUUUUUGUUAGUUUGACAGUGGGGCUAUUUUACAUUUGCAGUAUCUGUUACUUUUUGGUUUGUUCUUGUAAGAGCUUAUGUAGACAAAUUCUGAGGUUCUUCAGACUUGUUCAUAGGGCAAUGCUCGCUAGCUAUCUUUUCCCUUGAAUUUUCUUGCAUUUACUGGAUUUUUUACUUUCUGUUUUUGACCUUUUAGUGCUCUUCUUUUUUUGUUUUUUCUUUUUGGCGCAAUUUGUAAUUUAAAACUUUUUGUGGACGUGUGAAUCUCCUUCUGAUGGUUGUUA